AUGUGGUCCCUACCAGCUGCCCUCUCCCUGCUCAUGCUGCUCCUGCUCCUGCUCCAGGCCCCUCCUUGCAGGCUACAGUCACUGGGCACCACAAAGCUACGGCUGGUGGGCCCAGGGAGCAGGCCAGAGGAGGGCCGCCUGGAGGUGCUGUACCAGGGCCAGUGGGGCACUGUGUGUGACGAUGACUUCGCUCUCCAGGAGGCCACGGUGGCCUGCCGCCAACUGGGCUUUGAAACAGCCUUGACCUGGGCCCACAGUGCCAAGUAUGGCCAAGGGGAGGGACCCAUCUGGCUGGACAAUGUGCGCUGUAUGGGCACCGAGAGCUCCCUGGACCAGUGCAUGUCCAAUGGCUGGGGUGUCAGUGACUGCAGUCACUCGGAGGACAUUGGGGUGGUGUGUCACCCCCAGCGCCAGCGUGGCUAUCUUUCUGAGAGGGUCUCCAAUGCCCUCGGACCCCAGGGCCGGCGGCUGGAGGAGGUGCGGCUCAAGCCCAUUCUCGCCAGCGCCAAGCGGCAUAGCCUGGUGACCGAGGGAGCAGUGGAGGUGAGGUACGAGGGACAUUGGCGGCAGGUGUGUGACCAGGGCUGGACCAGGAACAACAGCAAGGUGGUGUGUGGGAUGCUGGGCUUCCCCAGCGAGGCACCUGUCAACAGUCACUACUACAGGAAAGUCUGGAAUUUGAAGAUGAAGGACCCCAAGUCUAGGCUGAAGAGCCUGACACAGAAGAAUUCCUUCUGGAUCCACCAGGUCAACUGCCUGGGGACAGAGCCCCACAUGGCCAACUGCCAGGUGCAGGUGGCUCCAGCACGGGGCAAGCUGCGGCCAGCCUGCCCAGGUGGCAUGCACGCUGUGGUCAGCUGUGUGGCAGGGCCCCGCUUCCGCCCUGCGAAGGCAAAGCCUGGGCGCAAGGAAUCCUGGGCAGAGCAGGAGCCGAAGGUGCGCCUCCGCUCUGGGGCCCAGGUGGGUGAAGGCCGGGUGGAGGUGCUCAGGAACCACCAGUGGGGUACCGUCUGUGACCACGGAUGGAACCUCAUCUCCGCCAGCAUUGUGUGUCGUCAGCUUGGCUUUGGCUCUGCUCGGGAGGCCCUCUUUGGGGCGCAGCUGGGCCAAGGACUGGGGCCCAUCCACCUGAGUGAGGUGCGCUGCAGGGGGUAUGAGCGGACCCUCAGUGACUGCCCCUCCCUGGAAGGGUCCCAGAAUGGCUGUCAACAUGAGAAUGAUGCCGCCGUCAGGUGCAACGUCCCUAACAUGGGCUUCCAGAAUCAGGUGCGCCUGGCCGGUGGGCGCAGCCCUGAGGAGGGUGUGGUGGAGGUGCAGGUAGAGGUGAACGGAGUCCAGCGCUGGGGGGCCGUGUGCAGCGAUCACUGGGGGCUCAGCGAAGCCAUGGUGGCCUGCCGACAGCUCGGCCUGGGUUUUGCCAGCCACGCGAUCAAGGACACCUGGUACUGGCAGGGGACGCCGGGGGCCGGAGAGGUGGUGAUGAGCGGCGUGCGCUGCUCAGGCACAGAGCUUGCCCUGCAGCAGUGCUCGCGGCACGGGCCGGUGCACUGCUCCCACGGCGCAGGGCGCUUUUCGGCCGGAGUUUCCUGCACAGACAGUGCUCCGGACCUUGUGAUGAAUGCCCAGCUGGUGCAGGAGACGGCUUACUUGGAGGACCGCCCGCUCAGCCAGCUGUACUGUGCCCACGAAGAGAACUGCCUGUCCCAGUCUGCCGACCUCAUGGACUGGCCCUACGGGCACCGGCGCCUCUUGCGCUUCUCCUCACAGAUCUACAACCUGGGCCGGGCUGACUUCCGUCCCAAGACAGGCCGCCACAGCUGGAUUUGGCACCAGUGCCACAGGCACUACCACAGCAUUGAGGUCUUCACCCACUAUGACCUACUCACUCUCAAUGGCUCCAAGGUGGCUGAGGGGCACAAGGCCAGCUUCUGCCUGGAGGACACAAAUUGCCCCACAGGACUACAGAAGCGCUAUGCGUGUGCCAACUUUGGGGAGCAGGGAGUGACUGUCGGCUGCUGGGACACCUACCGGCAUGACAUUGAUUGCCAGUGGGUGGACAUCACAGAUGUGGGCCCUGGGAAUUAUAUCUUCCAGGUGGUUGUGAACCCCAAAUACGAGGUGGCAGAGUCUGAUUUCUCUAACAACAUGAUGCGGUGCCGCUGCAAGUAUGACGGGCACCGGGUCUGGCUGCACAACUGCCACACAGGAGAUUCUUACCGAGCUAAUGCAGAGCUCUCCCUGGAGCAGGAGCAGCGUCUCAGGAACAACCUCAUUUGAGGCCAUCACUGCACACUUCCGGCUGCUGCCCACACACCAGAUACCUCAGCUUAUUGGAGCCAUGCCCUUCACAGAGCCCUAACUCAGAAGGAAAGGGGCCAGUGCCAAGUGGCACCAAGAACUGCUCAGGAAGCCCUUUGAUGGCAAGAUCAUCAAAUGAAAUGGUACUGCUCCCUCAGGAUGACUCUGGGCCUGUCCUGUAAAGGCCUUUGGUCUACGGUCUGUGGCCUCUAGGCUUUGUUCAGAUGAGCUGCUCUUCCACAAGGAGACCCCAUCUUUCCCGGAUCUUGCCCCAGUGUUCUUGGCUCAGGAGCAAUCAGUUCCUUAGAGAUGGGCUGUGACCCAACCCCGCAUUUAAACGGUUGCUUUGCAAAAGUCUUGGAGUAGAGGACGAAGGACAGAAAUACACAGGAGGCAGGAUUAGCUCUGCUAGAAGCUCAAAGCAACACAACUUGUGUCAAAGUCACAACUGGCAGCGAAGUUGAUGAAUUGAGUCCCUUGUUUGAUCUGCGCUCAUUUAGAACUCACCUGUCAUUCUAAGAGUCUGCUCUAGUGCCUUUAGCUUUAUCCUACUGCACAUAUGGGUGUUUCUAAUAUCCUGGAAGCUUAGGCCUCAGGCAUCCCCUUAUCUCCUGAUGGGCCAACACCACCAAUUACUGAGUGCUUGAGAAGGGGCAGGACUUGCAGAAGUGGCCAGAUAGGGUCUUCCUACAGAGCAGCAAGAGAAGUCCAAGCAGAAAGGCUGCUGCGAUAACAUGGACCCCGGCCCCUGCCAGGGCCUCUGCCAAGGAGAAAGUAUGCCAUACACCUGGCAGGCAAUCCAAUCUCCCUCAAGAUCACUGUGCAUCUCAGGACUUGCCUCAAUUUCAGGUCUCAACCAAGUUUCUGGAGUGAACUUUGCAUGGAAUAAGUUAGAUACACGUUAAGAGAUGAUCCUUACAGGUCUGAUGCCCUAGUGCCAAUAAAGGUUGCUCAGUAUGGACAGCUACAAAGACAA